UGGGGCCAUCUGGCAACCCAGCAAGUGAUGGCGGAGCGCGAAACCUGCUUGAUGCCCGCAUGUAUGAGUGCAGUUGCCGGCUCUCUGGUCUCGGCGCGCCCUUAAUUCUUUAUGAACACGCGCCGUACUGCUUGUUAGUGUGUCGUUAAUGAUGCGUGCUUUCCUCCCCCUGCGAAGUUUUCGACAAACGUCACAGUGACCGGCUACCACGCGAGCUGCUUCAUUGUGCGUGCUUUGUGUUUACUGCUGUACCAUGCUCCAGUGUGUACGAGAGUCUGCCCUGCUUCUGUUAGCGUUGCGAAGAUGCCGGACAGUUUGCGGCCAUCGUGCGUGCGCUACAAGGCCAGUGUAUUGCACACGUUCAGCGCGCACACAGCACUUUGCAUCACGGGCCACCAGUGGCGAUGUGGCCGUAACCAGAAGCAGAGUGGCAUGCAAUCGCAACGCAAGCAGUAUAACAGAAGUCCAGACGGCUGCUUCUGCUUCCCUGAGGAACACAUUCUCGUGGCGGACUCACACGUGUGGUGAGCUGCGACCAGAGCACGUCGGCCAGGAGGUGACGCUGUGUGGUUGGCUGGCCUUCAAGCGCAUGGACCGGUUCUUGCUCCUCAGGGAUGCCUAUGGUAUCACCCAGGUUUUACUGCCAGACGAAGGGGCAGAGUCAGCAAAAACCCAGCUUGAGUGCCUGCCGCUGGAGUCCGUGGUGCAGGUGACGGGCCGGGUGGUGUGCAGGCCUUCCAACCAGUGCAACCCGCGCCUGAGCACAGGGCAGGUGGAAGUUGUGUGCCAGCAGCUGCAGCCACUGAACAAGGCACGGUCUGACCUUCCCUUCCUGCCCAGGGAAUACCAGCAGAAGCGGGAACCACUGCGGCUGCGCUACCGCUACCUGGACCUGCGCUCCUCGGAGAUGCAGCAGCAUCUGCGCUUUCGCUCGGAUCUCAUUCUGCGCAUGCGUCAGUUCCUGGCAGAGCAGUGCGGUUUUGUCGAAGUGGAGACACCAACAUUGUUCAAGAGAACUCCUGGAGGUGCCCAGGAGUAUGUGGUGCCCACUCGAUUCCCGGGCCAGUUCUACGCACUUGUCCAGAGCCCACAGCAGUUCAAGCAGCUGCUGAUGGUGGGUGGCCUGGACCGGUACUUCCAGGUCGCUCGCUGCUACCGCGAUGAAGGAGCACGUCCUGACCGCCAGCCGGAGUUCACGCAGCUGGACCUGGAGAUGUCGUUUGCCACUGCAGAUGACAUCAUGCAGCUAACAGAAGCUCUGCUUGCAGCCUCUUGGCUUCAACCACCUGUGUCAGCAACCCGAAAGGAUCAGCUGGAUCGAGAUUGCAACCCCUGCCUACAAACACCCUUUCCUAGUAUGACAUAUGCCGAGGCCAUGCAGCGGUACGGCACUGAAAAGCCUGACCUGCGCCUGAAUGACAUGCUGCUGCACGAUGUGACCAGUGUACUACGUGCUGAGGCACCAUCCCACUCGUCUGGUGCCCUGUCGAGCUCCAUCUCGACAGAAGGCAGCUCAGUGCAGGCGAUUGCAGUGCCUCGGGGAGCGAGUGUGCUGCGGAGACGCCACCUGGAGGCAUUCAAAGCAUUGGCCAAGCAGCAGCUGCAAUUCCAGGGGGUCAUUGUGGAAGUGCCUGUGGCUGGGGCAGAGCCAGUCUCCGAGAGCAAAAAGAAGCAGCUGCUGCCAUCGGAGACAGUGGGACAGAUUGCAGCCAUGCUGGAUGCCCACCCUGGGGACUCCCUCCUCCUAUGCGCUGGCAGCACUGACUCGGCGCAAGAAGUACUGGGACGCCUUCGGCUGGAGGUGCACGACUUGUUGUGCGAAAGUGGCCUGGCCCAGCAGCCACAGCCCGAUGACUUCCGCUUCUUGUGGGUGACCGACUUCCCGCUCUUCUGCCUGGACACAGAUGGGUCCAUAAAAUCAAGUCACCACCCGUUCACCGCACCUCAUCCUGAUGAUGCCCACCUGCUGUACACAGAGCCGCUAAAGAUGAAUGCGUUGCAGGCUAGAAGGCGCGGAGGUUCCCCAUAUGAAUCGACAGCACUUAAGGUCAGGGGUCAGCACUACGACCUUGUCCUCAAUGGCUGGGAGGUGGCAGGAGGCUCCAUCCGCAUCCAUCACGCACCAACCCAGAGAUAUGUGCUCACAGACAUCUUGCAGGAAGAUGACCGCGAGCUGAGCCACCUCUUGGAAGCCCUCGAGUCGGGAGCGCCCCCACACGGUGGCAUUGCCCUUGGGUUGGACAGGCUCGUGUGCUUGGCCUGCGCGGUGCCCAGCAUACGGGACGUCAUUGCCUUCCCUAAGUCGGCAGAGGGUCGUGACCUGUUGGGUGGUGCACCUGCACCCAUCGACCGGCACGAGAGGCAGCUCUACCACUUGGGCACCGCGCCUGCACCGACGUGCAAUGAGCCGCAAGUACCUCACUUAACCAAGAAUAGUUGAAUGACAUCACAAGCCAGGAGUGGACCAAAGCUCUGAGACCACACAGAAUGGGUAGUAGGAAACUGGGUGCUUGACCAGACCUUAAUGUAUCGGAAAGCAUCGUGGCUGUUAUUGUCAUCAACGUAGGCAGUCCUGUGGGCUGCAGUGGUGUAAUCAUAACUGGGGCACGUGACAUGGCUAGUCAUAGAUGACUUUUUGAAGGCACUUAGUGGCAAAAGAAUGGUUGCUGAGAUGAUACCUUUGAAACACACUGUGAUAAUGUUUUCCCAUGGCUUCUGCUGGGCACUGUCAUCACAGUGGAUGAAGAAUUUGUUUGAAUUCUUCUGAAUUGUGUCGCUGUAGGUUGUUUCACUUAAUAUGUGCAGUAAGAGUUGACACUGAUCAUCUUUUGUUGGUACAGCAAGCUUCUCUAUGAAUAUAUGAAGUGAAUGGAGUUCUUGUAGAAAGCGACUGAGCGUUAUCUAGUGUGCUUUGGUGCAUCAAGUCUGCUGUCGAUGUUGCACCAUUUAUAAGGCAUGUUGACUACAAUUGUACAUCAGUCUCACCUUGCGACUACCUUGUCAGCUGGCUUUGAACUGACAUCGACACAGCACUGUCUUGCUCAUCGCCUUGUCUGGUACUAGAGAUUAAUAAACUGUAAUGAAACCUUGUUUUA